ACCGUUUUUAAACCAUGACGUCACGACAAAAUGGCCGACGCGAGGUCUACUGGGUUUUUCAUCCGUUUUUCUGACCGAAAUUGAUCGUUUUCAGUUCGAAUAUUAACCCGAAUCGAACGUAACCCGACACCGAAAAGAACGCCGCAAAAAAAAAUUUUGAAACAAAACCGAUUUAAUAAGGCAAAAAAAAUUGGAAUUAUAAGGAAACUAAGGGGGGGAAAUACGGACGGAAAACGAAAACUUGAUGGAAAAAAAUAAUUAAAAAUUCUUUUUGUGUCGAAUAUAAGGAAAAUAAAAAUGCCUGUACUUUCACCGCAUCGUAACAGCGUCACCGGAGCGUACAGAUCAUCUUUGGGGUCAUCAUCUUUAAAUAGGUACCCCUCAUCAACUUAUACACCUAAUUUUUAUUACGAAAGGUAUUCCACUAGAAGUUAUACGGAUACAGAUGGUAGAAGAAUUUUUUCAAGAUCCGGAAGUAUAACAGAAGAUGGUAAAACGACUCGUUUUUACGAAGAAUCUUGUGAUGGAAAUUUAAGCACGAGCAGGCGCGAAUCACUUUCCCGCGAUUCAGGAAUCGGCUCGAUUCGCGAAAAUUCAAUACUAGAAAGUCGGCGUGAAAAUUCUUUAACCCGAGACCCCUCGAAUCGUUACACCCAGGUCAACGUCGUCGAUUCGUUAUCAGAUUUACGUAUUAAAUACUCACCCGCAAAUUACGUCCCUGCGAUCCAUAGAAACAAACACACCACAACCAACCAGGACCGGAUCUCCCGCUCGAAAAGCAUCAAUGAUAUCGGAAAACCGCCACCGCCCACAACGAACCAAGAGAAAUCUUCGGAGAGAUCUGAAAAAGAUUUGGAAGUUAGAACCGGGGUGAAAUCGAAAACAACACAAAAUAAGGUAAUAAAAACAAGUGGGCUUUUCAAUAACGGUCAUAACGGAGUGAUUGGUGUGAAUUCUAACAAUAUUAAUUUAAAUAACGAUUCGAAUGGUAACGAAACCACGAUUAAUCGAGAGGAAUCCCCGCCGAAACCAGUUUCCGAGUUGAGAAAAAAAUUCGAAUCCAAAUUUUUACAACAAGAUAAUAAAAAUGAAAAUCAAAAUCGAUUAUUGUUAAAAAAUAACACUAAAAAUAAUGACAUUGCUAAAAAUGACACUCAAUCUGUCAAAAAAAAUGACAUAAAAAUUGUCAAAAAAAAAUCCGAAAAAAAUAAUGAUAACACCUUACCAUCAUCAUCAUCGACAACAAUUAAUUCUCAAUUAAAACCGUUAUCGAAAUCGUCACAAAUUAAAGUGAUCGUUAAUGGGGUACCGGCAACAUUAAAAGAAUCGCAAACAAUUGUGGACCCGGAGGACGACGAUUAUGUUACAGAGUCAAAUGGAACGACGGCAACCGAAGAAAGUGCUCAAACUUCGAUUACCAUUUCGAUAAACGACGAUUAUAAUAGUGUAGCAACGGCCCCGCCGGGAAUAUCAUCCAGCUCAACGUCCGUUGUGUUACCCGGUUCGAGUCGAGUUAGUAAUUUUUCAUCCUAUAUUCCUGUUAAAACGUACGAAAAAGGUGAUUUAAAUGGUGGUGAUGUUAAAAAUGGUGAAAUUCAUGAUUUAUCCACCUCGCAACCCUUAAACAGCAGAACCCUAACUCGGAAUAAUGCCACGGCUAGUACAUCAUCGUCGUCGUCAUCCGCAAAUAACAAUCGGGUGUCUUUAGAACGUGACGAAGAGAAGAUUUACGACCGAAAACAAACGUUAUUGGGAGGAGCCUCCCAAGGUGGGGGUCUCAACGGAUUAAAAAAUAUCGGGAAUACUUGUUUUAUGAACUCCGUCAUUCAGUGCCUAUCAAACACGAAACCUUUACUUGAGUACCUAAGGAAAGAUCAAUACGCGAAUGAAAUUAACACCUCGAUUUCGAGUAUGAAAGGGGCUUUGAUUAAAGCGUUCGCUCAAGUUACAAAAGAACUUUGGUCUGAAGAUAGCAUGGAUCGAGUGGUUAACACCGUGUCUUUAAAAUCGCAAAUUCAAAGGUUUGCGCCUCGUUUUAUGGGGUAUGCGCAACAAGAUGCCCAAGAAUUUUUAAGAUAUCUUCUUGAGGGGCUCCACGAAGACGUAAAUAGGGUUACGUCUAAACCGGCUCCGAUUCAUACCGAAAUCGAUGAAAAAUUGAGUGAUAGUGAAAAAUCUGCGGAAUCUUGGCAAAGAUAUCUUCGAAUGGAUAAUUCAAAAAUAGUCGAUAUUUUCGUCGGUCAAUUAAAAUCAACGUUAAAAUGCACCCAUUGCGGGCAUUGUUCGGUUACGUUCGACCCGUUUUGGGAUCUUUCGUUGCCGAUUCCUCAAAAAGUAGGCCCUAUUCGAUUGCAACAGUGUCUCGAUAGUUUUACACGGGAAGAAACUUUAGAUGGAGAUGAAAAACCCACAUGUUCUAAAUGUAAAGAAAGAAGAAAAUGUACGAAAUCGUUUACGAUACAAAAGUUUCCGAAAAUAUUGGUGAUACAUUUAAAAAGAUUUUCGCCGAUGGAGCGUUUUCGAGGGAAACUCUCGGUGACCGUUGAUUUCCCGUUGGAAGGAUUGGAUAUGAGUAAUUACGCGGCGGAUAAUCGCAGCCAAUCAAGAUAUAAUUUAUACGCAAUUUCGAAUCAUAGUGGUACAACUUACAGCGGGCAUUACACGGCGUAUUGUAGACAUCCAUAUUCGCAAUCGUGGCAUGAAUAUAAUGAUUCUAGGGUUUGUUUGAUUUCUCCGAAAAAUAUAAUAAGUGGGGAAGCUUAUGUGCUUUUCUACGAGCUGGAUGGUCAAAAAUCUCAUUUGUAAAGUAAAGGAGGAUACCAUUUACUUGGAUUAUAAUUUUUUCUUUCAUUUUUAAAGAGAUGAACAUUUUUAAUUUGGCCCAAAAGGAGACGCCAUGGCGUUUUUAUUUUUAAAUAUCGAAUUCGAAACGAAUAUAAAUGAAUUUUAUUGUAUAAAAGAGAAGAAAACGGUUGUUU